UCUUCGCAACUGACUCCUCGUGGUGCGAUCCUCGAGCCUCGCGCUUCCCGUGGUGGCGGCGGCGGCGACCGGAGGGAGCGGAGGCGAGAGGGUGGCGGGCUCCAUGGAGAGCGGCGGACGCCCGAGCAGAGGCGGCGCUUCCUCCCCGGCACCCUAGCUCCAGUGACCGGCGCUCGCGCCCGUCCCCGCGUCGGAGCGGCCGCCGGCUCCGGACUGACCGGCCUCGCUGCCCGUCCCCGCGCCGCCGCCUCGCCUCCCGACACCCCUGCGCCCGACUUGCCCCCACUCCCCGGCGGGGUGGCGGCGGCCGGGCCACCGCAGCGGCGUCUGGAGCAGCCGCGGCAGCAAGAACCCGCCUCUAUGAUGAAGUUCAAGCCCAACCAGACGCGGACCUAUGACCGCGAGGGCUUCAAGAAGCGGGCGGCGUGCCUGUGCUUCCGGAGCGAGCAGGAGGACGAGGUGCUGUUGGUGAGCAGCAGUCGGUACCCAGACCAGUGGAUUGUCCCAGGAGGAGGAAUGGAGCCUGAGGAGGAGCCUGGUGGUGCUGCUGUGAGGGAGGUUUAUGAAGAGGCUGGAGUCAGAGGGAAAUUAGGCAGACUCCUGGGCAUAUUUGAGCAGAACCAAGACCGGAAACACAGAACGUAUGUUUAUGUUCUUACUGUCACCGAAAUAUUAGAAGAUUGGGAAGAUUCUGUUAAUAUAGGAAGGAAGAGAGAGUGGUUCAAAGUGGAAGACGCCAUCAAAGUUCUCCAGUGCCAUAAGCCUGUACAUGCAGAGUAUCUGGAAAAACUAAAGCUGGGUUGUUCUCCGUCCAAUGGAAAUUCCACAGUCCCUUCAAUUCCAGAUAACAACACCUUGUUUGUAACUGCUGCACAGACCUCUGGCUUGCCAUCCACUAUAAGAUAGAGAGAAUGGGGAGGUCAUCUCCCACCAUGUGCAAUUUCAUGGGGAGAGAGGCUUCUUUAUUUUCCUUGGCAAACAUCUGAAUGACGCUUGCAAACUGUCUGAAUUUGCCAUGCAAGGUUUUCAAACAAUUUGCAUGUUUUUCAGAUGCUUUCAAAUAUUUUUUUUUAAUAGUGUAAAAUAUUUUAAUAAGCCAAAGCCAUGUGGAAUUUUUUUUAGAUGCCUUAAUUGUCCCCCCCACCCCAACCCCACCCUCCCGUGUUAUUUUGGUUGUCAUUUUUUUCAGAUUUUUGUCCAUUUGAUGUCAAUCUGUGGUUUCUGUCACAUCACCUUACUGGUGGGUAUGUUUCACACCCCCUAAAUUGUUUUCUCAUUCACAGCAUUGUGGGAAUUUAAAAAACAAUUCUUGAUAUUAAAGAAAAACUUGUUUCAUAGGAUCACAAUUUUAAUUCAUAAAUUCCACAUUUGGGCUAUUUAUAUAUGGUGCAAUAAUAUUUUGACCAAGGACCUAAUUUGCUAUUUUCAGGAACUUGUCAACUCAUUCACCUCCAUUUUCAUAGCUGGUGUCAUGUCACUGGCAUAAUUCCCGUUCCUCAGUAACCAAACCUUUAACACAAAAUUUUAACUCAGCAGAGUUGGCAGUUUUUAGGGAGGUGUUAUUGUAAGCAGACUGCGUGUAGCAAAUACACUAUCUUAUCAUGAAAUUUGCAUUCAUGGAACUUAAGCAGCACCCACAGUUGCCAAUUCCCUUUAUUCAUAAUCUCUCUUUACACCCAAUACCUGAGAACCAAGUUUCCCUCAAUAUAUAUUGCUUUUUAAAAAUAUAUUUUCAGUUUUGGAAUUUAGUGACAUCUCUCCAGUUAAACUUGUUGGUUACCAAUAACCACACCUAGGAUUGGAGUCUAACCUCAAAUGCCAGUCAGUGAUGACUGCUUCUCAGAUAAAAUGGCCUUCUUGCUGUUCAGCUGUUACAGACUUAGAUUGUUAGGGCACCUUUAGAAGGCCUCAUCUUUUAUAGAUUGUCAAUAGGUACUAUUUAUCAUAUAACUAACUUUUUGGGGCACUGAAACAUACCUGAACUAAUAUUUUGUCUUAUACUUGUCUUUAAUAUCUAAAAUACAUAAGUACCUUGUCUGAAACUCCUGUACUUCCCCAAACAGGCCAGAAAUGAGGUAGGAGGGAAAACCUUUGAAUAUAUGUGGAAUAGGGGAUGAGGGCAAGGACAUUCUGUAUGUAGACAUUAGCCUUUUGUAAAUACUGUAACUGGUGAGUGUAAAGUAGAAAAUAAGUAUAGUUAUACAUUUGUUCUACAAAUUGUUAACCUUUAAAAAUAAAAUUGCUGCUAAAAAUAGAGUGCUGUUACACUUGAGGAAAAUCGGUGCCACUUUAAAAAAUGAGAUCUUGUGCCAUAAAUGCAUCUGAACUAGAUGUAAACGUUAGUUCACAAAUUAAUGCUGUCGAAGGAAUGAGUAAACAAUGACAUUUCAUUCUAAAUUAUGUAGUGUGAUCAAACGCGAUAACCAGAAUUUUUAUAGUUUUCUUUGUACAGAGGUUAUAUAUUCUGGGUGUUUAAAAACAUUUUAAAUUCCACAGAUUGACACUUUCUAUCAAUCUUCAAUGGACUAAGAUUUUUGUUCUCAGUAAUCUCUGAAGUUUCUUUAAAUUACAUAUUAACACAGCAGAGAAACUAGAUUGUUCUUGUAUAUAAGACUGUGUCCACCUGAAAUGCUGUCACAGUACUUGGGGGGUGGGUAUCUUGUACAUGACAUUCUUAGGAGUUAACAAUGCAUGAACUUAUUUUAUAAACUCUUAGACUAUGUAUUUGACCUGUAAAAUAUGUACAGUAUUAAUGUCAGCCAUCUCUUUAAAGUGAGCCUAUAAAUAUUGUUGUAUAAUUUUCUUUGGUCAGAAACAUUUGGAUGAAGUAGUGCCACUCGAGUAAGGAUUUCUUCAGUGCCAUUUAGCAAACCAACUGUCUUUAGUCUAUGCAACUAACAGAAAUUUGUAUAAUGCAACAGGAUAUUGACAGUGGUCACACUUUGGAUUUCAAACGAGGGGCUGGCUGGCUCUUCACUAUUCUACUGGAACCCAGCCUAGCAAAUUAGAAGAGCCCUAAGGAUUUAUUUCUGUUCAGAGAAAAAGCCUACAUUUUCAGGCUCAGCAGCUGAAUCUACUACAGAUAACAAGUGUCUACUGUCUCAACCCUCCAAAGAGUAGAGUGUUGGGACUGUCAUUGUGCUUUCUGUGGGGUCGUUGGAUAAAAUUGGACAGCUCAAGUUUUCAGUCCCAUGUGCCUCCUAAAUAACAAGUUUGUAAAUUGACUUACAAAGUAGCAACUAUCCUGCAUGUUGGUUUUUCUGUUUUUGUUUUUGUUUUGUAAAUGGGUGAAAUUUUCCAACCCGACACAUGCCAUUCAGUUUUCCAGUGACACAGUUGUAUAAAGCAGCAAAACUGAAGGGGGGUGAUUGUUGUAUACACUUGAAUUGCUUUGCAUGGUCUCAUUGAGAUAAUGGUGUAAGAAUCUUGACUUUUUUUAUAUUUGGAAACAUCAAAUAAAAAUGGAAAUAAAUUAUCUU